AAGUGAAAGGGGAGGAGUGGAGGAGAAACCCCGGCCUGGUGAGGAAGAGAGUGAUGUGAUUGUGCGUGUUUGGGACGAGAGAGGAGAGCAGAGAGUGAUCGCAAUCAAGGCAAAAGUCCGACCGCGGAGGGAGCGCACCUAAAUCACGUGGGGUGUGGAUUUAUACAGGGGAAAAGUAAAAGUGUCGUCGGAGUGACUUGUGCUUGUACUUUGUUUUUCUCCUCUCUUUGCCUUUCCACUCCCUCCGCCCUGCAUUCCGCGGAGCAGCUGUGUUUUAAUGCCCCUGCGCACCCGAGGAGCAGAGGAAGGAGAGAAGAGUGAGGAAGAAGAGGCAGAAGAAGAAGAAGAAGAAGGAGAAGUGAGAAGGCCUGGACACCACCCCUCCUGGCCCUUUGGAGGUCUGUCCACUCUCCCCUCCUGGCCCUGCAUGGACGGGGAUGGGGAGAGCCGGAUGCUGUUGCCGCGGGGCUGAGCGCCUCGCCUCCCCGUCUCUGGUGCGCCGCUUCCGGCCACUGCUGCUGCUGAUCAUCGCUCUCUGCUGCGGUGCUCACAUAGGUCAGUGCCAGGUGGCCACCCCUCAGUGCCGUAUCCAGAAGUGCACCACAGACUUUGUCUCCCUGACCUCACACCUGACGCCAGCCGUGGAUGGCUUUCACACAGAAUUUUGCAAGGCUUUACGUGCAUACUCAGCGUGCACCCAAAGGACAGCCAAGUCCUGUCGGGGGAACCUGGUUUUCCACUCGGCUGUGCUGGGCAUCUCUGACCUCAUGAGCCAGAGGAAUUGCUCCAGAGACGGGCCCACUUCCUCCACACACCCCGAGGUCCGGCACGAGCCCUGCAACUACCACAGUCGCACCCAGCACGCCCACACGCACUCUCACGUACAUGCACACACACAUUCUCAUGCUCACAGCCACAGCCACUCCCGUCCCGGAUACCUGUUCUGCGGGCUGUUCGGGGACCCACAUCUGAGGACAUUUAAGGACAGCUUCCAGACUUGUAAGGUGGAGGGAGCGUGGCCUCUCAUUGAUAAUGACUAUCUGUCGGUACAGGUCACUAAUGUUCCCGUGGUACCUGGCUCCAGUGCCACAGCAACCAAUAAGAUCACCAUCAUAUUCAAGCCCUAUGAGGGUUGUACAGACCAGAGGGUCUACCAGGCCGUCACAGACAACCUCCCUGCUGCCUUUGACGACGGAACAGUGAGCAGCGGAGACCCCAUCCACACAUCUGCUGGAGCUGACGGUGCUAGUGGGAAGGUCCGGGCCUUGUGGAUCUCUGAACGCAGCCCAGGUCGCCACGUGGAGCUGCACGCUGGCUACAUUGGUGUAACUGUAAUUGUUCGCCAGCUGGGCCGCUAUCUGACCCUGGCAGUGCGGAUCCCAGAGGAGCUUGCUCAGGCCUACGACGCCACCCAGGACCUGCAGCUCUGUCUGAAUGGCUGCCCCAGUGGAGAACGCAUUGAUCAGGCAGGGCAUCUUCCCCUGCCCCUCUCACCUCCUGCGCUCGGCCUGCAGCUUCAGCAGCUGCGUCGGCCCACCUACUCCUCACAGACACAAGCAUCCCCCUAUGGUACCAUGCAGGUUUUUGGUGUGGAGGGGGCCAGGGAACGCUGCAGGGAACUGCUGGAAGAGCAGGACAUUUACUUCCACUCCUGUGUGUUUGAUCUCCUGACCACCGGGGAUGCUAACUUCACAGUGGCAGCGUACAGCGCCUUGAAGGACAUGGAGAGCCUCCACCCGGACCAGGAUAGAUGGAAGAUCUAUCCCCGUGGUGCUGCCACCUCCACCUUACACUCUGAUCCUCAGCCUCUUAAACAGCUCACACUACUCCUGCUGUGUGCUCUGAGCGUGGUGUUGAUGUAGGAGGAGGGAGUGGGAGUCUUUGUGUGGUGCCUGCAUGCGUGUGGGCAUGUGUAUGUGUAUGCACUAGAAAGAAAGUUUUUCGCUGAGCACUGAUACUGAGCACUGAUUCCUCUGUCAUGUAGAGAAGAAACAGCAGCAGGCUGGACAGUUACUGGGAGCUAGUGUUUUUGUAGAGGAUGUGGCAGAGCUCCCAGCGUGUACAAGAGAUACUGACAACAAUAACUGCAUCUUACCUGGCAGAAUCAGCCCUCUGGGGAAUAACACAGGAGAUGUGACGAUGGCUUCGUCUUUGGAUAGGACACUUGACAAUGACACAAACGUACCUGUCUGUAUGUGCGAAGGCGGGGGGGUGGUUGAGUGUUUGGAUAUACACUCCAAACUGUAAAUAGCUUGUCUUCAGUGCACAGUGUAAUGGCGUAGUUUGUUUUUUUUAUGUCAUUGGAUGUGAUUUUUCUUUAAUACCUCAGACAGAGGAUGUUUGUUUUAACAGAAGCACUUUAUUUAGAUUUUUUUUUUUUUUAACAAAUCCACAUCAGUGUUUCUUCCUCUCACUUUAUGGUCUGCCACCAAAAUCUCCAAUGGCUCAAGUUUUUGAGGCCAUCUAUAUUUUGUUUUUUGUUUUUUUAUCCUUUCAAAGUAAAAGUCUGUUAAAUACAAGGAGCUGCCAUUUUUCUUAAAGUACAUAAUUCUUCCAGUAGCUGAUUUGACUCAGCGUAUCAUUUUAAGUCAGUCAAUGUGAGUUGUUCUUUUUUGAAUGUAUUAUGAAUAUUGUCACAGCAAAUACCAUCAGUACUAUUUUGUUGCUGUAUGAAUUUGUUGUUUUUCCUCAGUCCUGAUUUCAAAUAUGUGCAAGUGUGUAUGAAAUGUGUGUGUGUGUGUGUGUGUGUGUGUGGCCGUGUUAGUGUUUUUUUUAAUCAGUUGGUGACAUGCUUGGAUGUGUUUUUAUUUCCUCUGAGAAUCAUAUCAGAGCUAUUCCCACCUUUUUUUUGCCAAGAGGCUGUGAUAAUACCGGCUCAUGUUUGUUGCUCACUGUAUUCUUUGUCCUGUUAAUUUGAGCCAAAGACAGAUAAGGUAUGAUUUCAUGUACAAAGGAAAUCAUAACUCACCACCAAACCAGCACCCUUCUCCUCCUCCUCACACUCCCUUCCCUGUUUUUAAAGUUGCUACUGUAGACUGUUUUACUCCUACUGCCAGAAUUGACGAGCUGCUCCUUACUGGGAUACGUGUAAGAUACUGGAGUGUAGACAAAACACUGCAAAUCACUGAGAAAACUUUACCACACUGUCUGCUGAGACAUGUGCUUCGGCAGUGUGUUGUGGGAAAUGUAUACCAUUUGAUACCUGAUAAAAAAAAAUGCCAACCCUUAAAACUAUGAGCCUUUUUAACAUGUAACAUUCUGUACAAUUAUGCCCCAUUUUGGUUGGCCGUAUAAGCUUAAUCUAAGUUUUUUUUUGGUAUUAUGAUCGAUCUCCAUCAAGUGUGAGUGUCAGUUUGGUGAAGAGUGGCUGGUCAAUGUUGAAAUACUUAACUUAUUUAUGAACGUAGUGUCCUGUAGAGGAAGUUAAGCUCCAUAUUCUUGCUGUUGGAUAAUAAUUUAAAAAUAAUGUCAGAUGUGAUUGUACUGCCACCUAGUGGUGCUCUGUUGCUAUGUCAGUGUGUUACUCAAG